AUGGAGAUACCGCAAGCAAGUAUACCUUUGGAGGUUGUUGUCGUCGGAGGUGGACUAACACUCUUCAAAGGCAUCGGCGGCAUGGCUGCAGCCCUCACAUUGGGAUUGCGAGGGCAUAAUGUCACUGUCCUCGAAUCAGCAGCAAAGAUUCUGGAAGUUGGAGCCGGUAUUCAAGUCUCUCCGAAUAUGCUGCGUCUGUUCGAUCGAUGGGGCGUUUCGGAUCUGAUUCACGCCCGCGAUGUAGCAUUAGAGCACAUCCACGUCCGAAGAUGGGAUGACGGCAAGCUACUCGGCACAAUGCCAGUGAACAAGACCUUCGGUCAGCAAGUAGUCAUUCACCGCGCAGAUCUGCACAACGCCAUCAUCGAGCGAGCCCUCGCUCUGCCAAACGUUCAGCUGCGCGAGAACUCACCCGUGACAGACAUCUCUUUCAGUCCCGCAAGCGUAACUCUUGCCAGCGGUGAGAUCGUCCGCGGCGACGUGGUCAUCGGUGCCGAUGGCAUCAAAUCUUGCAUUCGCGGCCAGCUGCUCGAGGAUACGAGCAUCAAAGCAAUUCCCACGGGCGAUGCUGCAUACCGUAUGAUGCUUACUCGUGAGGUCAUGGAGAAGGACCCCGAGCUGAAACUUCUCAUCGACGAGCCGCAGGCGACUCGUUGGCUUGGUCCUGCGCGCCACAUUAUCGCGUACCCGGUACGCAAGCAUGAGCUUUACAAUGUCGUUCUGCUUCACCCUGAUAACCAUGAUGUCGAGGAAUCAUGGACUACCAAGGGCUCGAAACAGGAGGUUGUUGAUAAUUACCAUGGAUGGGAUAGCAAGGUGCGGAAGCUGAUUGAUCUGGUCGAUGACAACGAUGUCCUGGAAUGGAAAUUGUGUCUUCACCAUCCGCUCAGGACCUGGAUCCGUGGAUCGGUGGCUCUUCUUGGCGAUGCCUGUCACCCCAUGCUUCCAUAUGUUGCCCAAGGCGCUGCGCAGGCUGUCGAGGAUGCGGCGGCGAUUGGCGUUGUGCUGUCGGCCAUUUCAUCGCGCGAGGAGAUCCCUCUUGCUUUGGGUGCUUAUGAAAAGUCCCGAAAGGAACGUGCGGAGACGGUGCAGCAGUCUGGAUCUGAUAAUCGUAUCACGUUACACUUGCCCGAUGGCCCUGAGCAAAUCGCUCGUGAUGCACAGUUCCUGGAAUCGGCUAGUGGUAAUAACCCGGAUAAAUGGUCUGAUCGGAGGACACAGGAGUUCCUUUGGGGUUGGGAUGCAGAAAAGGCUGCUUUGGAUGUCUGGAAUGAAGUGUCUGGCCAUUCCAAACUCAACGCAAAUCUGUGA